CUGUAGUACAUUGGAGUGAGAAACGUGAACGCAAUCGCUUUGAUUGAAUCGAGAUACAAGCGUUACCAUUGUUGGGCAUCCCCAUAGAACACAUGCAGCACGGCUUGAAUGACAAGUUAACGGCGCUAACAUGUUAAUAGCUAUGCGAAUAGCUCGGCCACAUGUAGUCAGAUUGUCUCUGAUCGGACCCAACGUAAGCGUCUCACGCUGUCAGAUACGAAUUUAGGAUUAGCGAGCGGUAAGCUUGUACGAAGUGCUCCGCCAAUCACCUUCGCGUAAGCACAAACGGUGUAGCUUUUUUAGCCUCUCAUGGACAACCGUAUACUCCAGUAUGUCUCACGUAUGACCCCUGACAUGAAGAUCAUGAGCAAACUAAGUAAAUUGCCGAACUUGACACAAGCUUUCAUCAUAUCUGACCAUGAUCGCACUCCAAAAGAAAGUUUACUCUAGGGGCACUAGAUGUUCUGGUUAUUGCGCUCGAGAAUGUUGUUAUCCCUAGUACCAUUUAUCAUUCAUGAUGAUGUUGACCAGUUUCAAUUUCCACGUGACUCGAUUUGUCUGCAUACAUAUGUAAUUGGUAGCCCUAACUCUACUUUGAAGAAGAACAACAGCAAAGUUAAAAUCAACAUACCUAUAUACGUAGGUGUUGAAAUUAGAGAGUGGUUCUUACAACUGUUGAAUUUGGGAAGUCAUUCCGCCCCCCAUACUACUGCUCUAUCUCGGUACUUACCGUCUCUCGGACAUGUACAAACAGGCUUGGACCCUGGUUUGGGUCCCCAUAUUUGCGUUAGCUUCUUGAAGUCCUGCCAGAAGAAGGCAAUUCAAUGACGCGAUACGACACGGAGUCCUACACUACACUUCACUACGGCGUGUUAAAGACCAAUCAUUAGAGGCAACACCCCCAAACAUCAGUCGCCCUCAUCAUCAUGAGGCAGUGCUUGAUCGAUCUUUCGAUACUGUUUCGGACAGUGCGCUGCAUCAGGACAUCGUAUCGUAUGUGGCUCAGCACUCUGUACCCCAAUGUACAGCAUUUGAAGUUACAUUCGGUAUAGAACUUGAAACU